AUGUAACGAAAGCUUAAUGAUAGAUCAAGUUCCACUGCAGAGACAAAUAUUCGACGUAAAGAACUUGUCGAUCAAACUUAUGAUAAAAUAUUCUUCUAUGAUGAUCGAGAACGCAUGUAAUAGGAAUUGUAACAAAUAAAAGUUGAAAACAAUAAACUAAUCAAUGAGAACACUAAAUUGAAAACUUAAAUAAUAUUAUUUGAUAAAGAUCUAGUUAGGUAUGAAAAAUUGUGUGGAGGAUCAUUGAACAAAUCCUCUGAUUUACUUUUAAUACAAUUGAGAAAACAUAAUAAAGAAUUAUCAUAAUAAUUAAAGGAAAAAAUUGAAUAGAUUGAACAUUUAAAAAGAAGUGCUAAAAUUACUAGAAUAGCAGAAUUAGAAUGUGAAAAUAAAGUUUAAAUUGAAGAAUAUGCUAAAUUGAAAUCUUGUUAUGAAAAUGCUAUUAGAUAAAUAAACGAUUUGAAUCAAAAAUUAUAAUGGUUCUAAACACUUUAAGUUGAUAUUUCAAAAUUAUAAAGGCUUAAUGAAACUAAUUCUAAUGAGAAUAAAAAUUUGAAUACUAAAAUCUAAUAACUUGAAGAAAUGUUAAAACAACAGCAAGUAAAUUUUUACUUAAUUUUAUAUUAAAUAGAUUUUGAAUAAGACUAGUAUCUAAUAACAUGAAAAGAAGAUUAAUAUGUUGUCAGCAUAAAAUAAGAAAUUAAUAUCAGAGAAAAAUAAUCUUAAAGUCACUAUAAAAAUGCUUUAAGAUAGAGAGAAAGCUUUUGUUAUUUUGAAGAAACCUUCAUCUCAUUUAAAAUUAAGUGCACUUCAUUAACUAAUUUUAACUGAAUUAAAGUUUAAAUUAAUACUUAGAGGUAUAACAGUAAAAUAAUUAAAUGAAAUGUUUGAUGGAUUGAAAUAAUAAGCUAAAGAAUAAAAUGUGUAAAUAAGAUUAGAUGAUUUUCAUCAUAUUUUGAGUUAGUAUUAAUAUUAGUAUUAAAUUAGAGAACCAUUCUCAUUCACUGAUAAUAAAAAGAUUAUCUAAAUUCUUAACUGUCUCACAGGAAAUGGGGAUAUAUUGAUUGAAUAAUUUUUAAAUUUGAUUGGUAUCUAUGACACAUUUAAUAAUUUUGAUUUUGAAUAGGAAUAACAAAAUAUGUAAGAAUAAUUAAAUCAAAAUAAAUAAAAAAUUUAAGAUUAUUGGAAUUAAAAAUAAGUAGUUGAUUAUCAUGAGGUUUAAAAAAUGAUUAUUACUGUUGGAUUAUCAUUUAACAAUUCUAGUUUACUAUAUUAUAAUUUAAAUGUAACAUAUAAAUUAAAUAUAUAGUUAUUUGAAAAAUCAAAUGAAGAUUUACAGAAUAUUAAAGUAUCAGAUACAUUAGAUCCAUUUUUAGAUGAAGAUUAAGAAAUAUUAGAAUUUAACAAUUAUAAAAAAUAAAACAAUUAACCACCUAGAAUAUCAGAAGUUUCAGAUGAAGAACAUUAUGAAUAAUAAGAUUGA